ACAGCGGGUCCGGAAGAUUUUUUUCUCUGCUCCAACCAACAGCGGAAGCUUGGUCCCUUCUGGUUAAACUAUCCCUUCUGGUCUACUUGUAGCUAGCUAAUCAGAAUAUAGGAGCUAGCUAACGUUGGUUACAGUGACUGACCACCUUAGUGCAACGUUGCUAACUUUAAACGACAUCAAGCUUAAGCGAAGUUGUAAACAUAAGCGGAGUUGUUAGCCUUGCUGAUAAAAAUUGUGAAUGACGCAGCUUGAAUUUACGUAGCUAGAGAAAACGAAUGAAAGCGAUGUUGUGUUCUUUUACAUUACAUUACAUUUACUCUCGGUUGCAACAGUUUUGCAAUUUAAGGUAUGUGAAAACAGUUUUACCACUGGUGUUGAGCAUCCUCGGUGGAAUCUUCGCAUUCGUUGCUUGUGCCAGCAGGAGAUCAACAAUGGAGUCACUGAGUGCUGAAAAUACCAAGUUCUCCCUGGACCUGUUUAAGAAGAUAAGUGAGAGUAAGAAAACGGACAACAUCUUCUACUCUCCACUCAGCAUCUCCUCAGCUCUGGCCAUGGUGUACAUGGGCGCCCGGGGGAACACAGCUACACAGAUAGCUGAGGUGCUUCGCUUUAGAAAAGAGAAGAAACAUGAAGCUCCUGGACUGCAACAACAAGAAGUAAAAAGACAGCUUCCACCAGAGGUGCUGAAGUCUCCCCUUCAUGAAGCUGAUGAUGGCAUUCAUGCUGGAUUCAACAAACUGAUGUCUGAGCUCAACAAAGAGGGUGCCCCGUAUGCUCUGAGCCUGGCAAAUCGCCUGUAUGGGGAGCAGUCUUACGAGUUUGUGGAGAGAUACAUUCAGGACACAAAGAAGUUCUAUCAGGCAGAGCUGGAGACUGUUGACUUCAAAUCAAAAGCAGAGGUUGAAAGGGUGAAGAUUAACACCUGGGUGGAGAAGCAGACUCAAGAUAAAAUCAAGAACCUGCUGUCGAAAGGGACUGUUAACAGUAUGACCAGUCUGGUGUUGGUGAAUGCUAUCUAUUUUAAGGCUGAUUGGGACAAUAAAUUCAAAGGGAGUGACACACAUAGAUGGCAAUUCAAAUUGAAUAAGAAUGAAAUUAAGCCAGUUCAGAUGAUGGAACAGACAGGUAACUUUGGUUUGGCAUUCAUUCCGGAGGUCGAUUGUCAGAUUCUAGAGAUGCCUUACAUUGGUAAAGAGCUGAGCAUGCUCAUUAUUCUGCCAAGUGAGAUUGAGGAUGACUCCACAGGGCUUGAGAGGUUGGAAAGGGACCUCACAUACAAGAAAUUAAUUCAGUGGACACAGCCUGACAUGAUGAAGAGUGUUGAGGUAAAUGUGGCUCUGCCCAAGUUUAAGAUGGAAGAGACCUAUGACCUGAGAGGUAUUCUGGUCAGUAUGGGGAUGGAGGAUGCCUUCGAUGAGUCAAAAAGCGACUUAACUGGCAUUUCUUCCAGCACUAACCUAGUGGUGUCCAAAGUGGUGCACAAGGCCUUUGUGGAGGUGAACGAGGAGGGCACAGAGGCUGCUGCUGCCACUGGUGUCUCCAUGAGGUUACUAUGUGGCAGGAUAUACCAAAAUCGUUUCACCGCAGACCAUCCCUUCCUGUUCUUCAUCAGACACAACCCCAGUCAGAGCAUCCUCUUCUAUGGCCGGUUCUGCUCCCCUUGAAGUCUUAAACUCUGCAGUUUCCAGUUAUAAGCAGGAGUCUAAAGAAUGACUGUCUGCAUGUUAAAUGGCUCUACAAUGCUGUUUGCCUUAAAAUAAUAUUUCAUUGUUAUCUGCUUCUCAGAGCUUCGACAAUCCUGCUGCAGUGGUUUUUUUUUCAUUCCUGUCCAUUGUAUCCUCUUUGAAGAUUAAUACUGGCUUAAGACCAUUGCUUCCUUUCUGUUCAUUAUAUUUUACUCAACACUGAAAUAUCAAAAAACAAGAAGCAGUAACCAAGAUCACAUUAAUCAUUUGUGAAAAUAAAAGUGCAAAAAAGUUA